AGCAGACACAGCAAGGGUCAGGGCUGAGAGCCAAAGGAACAAGUGCCCAGCACUCUCAAGAAGGGCUCAGAGUGAGCUGGGUCUCUAACACCUCUGCCUUGAGGGCAGCUGCUGUCCGGUGUGGUCAAAGAACUAGCCUAGUGAGGGACAGUCCUGUGUAGAUGUUUCCUGCUGCUGCUCUGGGAGGUUAUCUCCAGGAGGCGACUGACAGGCUCAUUUCCUCUUUGCUGAGCUCCAGGUUGAAGUAGAGGCCACAACUCUCUGCAUUCCCCCAGCCAUGGGGCCUAGAAUAGGCGAGGAACCCCAGAUGCCAAACAGAGACACCAAGACCACAAUGGGCACAGAAGACAUGCAUGAAAGCAAAGUCAGCAUAGAGCCUCAGGACUCAAAUCAGGAUGCACGGCCCCAACCACUGUUCCACAACGUCAAGUUCUUUGUCCUGUGCCACAGUAUACUGCAGCUGGCUCAGCUCAUGAUCUCCGGCUACCUCAAGAGCUCUAUCUCCACAGUGGAAAAGCGCUUUGGACUGUCCAGUCGGACAUCAGGGCUGUUAGCUGCCUUCAAUGAGGUAGGGAGCGUAUCCUUGAUCUUGUUGGUGAGCUACUUUGGCAGCCGAGUUCACAGACCCCGAAUGAUUGGCUAUGGGGCUAUCCUGGUGGCCCUGGCAGGCCUGCUCAUGGCACUCCCACACUUCAUCUCCGAACCAUACCGCUAUGACCACAAUAGCCCUGAUAGGUCACAGAACUUGGAUGCUUCCUUAUGCCUGCCCACAACUGUCGCUCCAGCCUCUGCCCUCUCCAAUAACAGCUGUUCCAGACGCACAGAAGCCAAGCAUCUAACUAUGGUGGGGAUCAUGUUCAUAGCACAGACCCUGCUCGGCAUCGGUGGUGUGCCCAUUCAACCCUUUGGGAUCUCCUACAUUGACGACUUUGCCCACCAUAGCAACUCACCCCUCUACCUUGGGAUCCUGUUUGCAGUAACCACAAUGGGGCCUGGCAUGGCCUAUGGGCUGGGCAGCCUCAUGCUACGCCUUUAUGUGGACAUUGACCGGAUGCCAGAAGGAGGUAUCAUCUUGACCCCAAAAGACCCCCGAUGGGUGGGCGCCUGGUGGCUGGGCUUCCUCAUCUCUGCUGGACUGGUGGUGCUGGCUGCCAGCCCCUACUUCUUCUUCCCCAGGGAGAUGCCCAAGGAGAAACAUGAACUGCGCUUCAGGCGGAAAGCCUUGGCUGGUACAGCCUCCACUGUCAGCAAGGGUGAAGAGCUUUCCUCUCAGCAUGAACCCUUAAAGAAAGAAACUGGAUUGGCCCAGAUUGCCCCAGACCUGACUGUAGUCCAGUUUAUCAAAGUCUUCCCCACGGUGCUGCUGCGGAUGCUACGCCAUCCCAUCUUCUUGCUGGUAGUCCUGUCCCAGGUGUGCAUCUCAUCUAUGGUGGCAGGCAUGGCUAUCUUCCUGCCUAAGAUCAUGGAGCGCCAGUUUUCCAUCACAGCCUCCUUUGCCAACAUGCUCCUUGGCUGCCUCGCUAUCCCCUUCUCCAUUGUGGGCAUCGUGGUAGGAGGUGUCUUAGUCAAGCGUCUCCACCUGAGCCCCAUGCAGUGCAACAUCCUCUGCCUGCUGGCGUUGCUGUUGUGUCUGCUGCUCACCUUGCCACUCUUCUUCAUUGGCUGCUCUACUCAUCAUAUUGCAGGCAUCACCCAGGACCUAGGUGCCCAGCCAGGGCCAAGCCUGUUUCCUGGCUGCGCAGAACCCUGCUCCUGCCAAUUGGAUGACUUUAACCCUGUUUGCGACACCAGUGCCCACGUGGAGUAUACCACACCCUGCCAUGCAGGCUGUACAGGUCAUGUGGUCCAGGAAGUUCUGGGCAAAAGCCAGGUUUUCUACACCAACUGCAGCUGUGUGGCAGGGGAUGGCACAGUGCCUGCAGGUUCCUGUGAUUCAGCUUGCAGUCACCUGAUUCUGCCCUUCAUUCUCCUGAUCAGCCUGGGGGUGGCAGUGGCCGGCAUUACCUACACACCUUCCUUCAUGCUCAUCCUAAGGGGAGUGAAGAAAGAAGAUAAGAUCCUGGCAGUGGGAAUGCAGUUCAUGCUCCUGAGAGUACUGGCCUGGAUGCCCAGCCCUGUGAUCCACGGCAGUGCCAUCGAUACUACCUGUGUGCACUGGGCCCUGAGCUGUGGGCGGCAAGCCGUCUGCCGCUACUAUGACCAUGACCUGCUCCGAAGCCGAUUCAUAGGCCUCCAGUUCUUCUUCCAAAGUGGAUCCCUGGUGUGCUUUGCCUUAGUUUUGGCCAUCUUGAGGCAGCAGAACAAAGAGGCCAGCAUCGACGUCACUGUGAAGAGCUCUGACCUACAGGAGCAACUGUAAGCAUCAGGACCAGAGAAGAAACCCAAGGAUUCCAGGAGGUCAAAAGCCCCAGCCCCCCUGGCCAGGUGUGGCAGCCAUAGCCAUACAUCUUCUGAGCCCUUUGCCCAAGAUGGGUGUCAAAAGUGCCAUGUUCCAAUCCUGGUUCCUCCACUAAAUUGUGAAGUGACUUUGAACAAUCUUCUGGCUUUGCUUGCUCUUUGGAACCAAGGAGUUGUUGUACUGAUCAUUUCUCAAGCAAGAAGGUUAACCUUGUUCCUUCCACAGCCAUAUGACCAACCUAGGACUAAGUUUUGUUGCUGGGGAAGAACUGUCUGGCAUCCCUCAGCCCCUUCUAGGAUAGGAAGGUAGGCCAACUAGACUGUGCUGCACUCCACACAGAGCCUCAACCCAGCUCUGCUGCUCAUGGAGACCCUUGGUAGGAGGGGAUUCCAGCUCUCAGGCUCAGGCUCCAGCUGUGCACAUCUGUGAAGGACUCCUCUCCUAGUCCAGCCUGGCUUCAAGAAGUGUCUAUUUGGUGCCCCCUGGAGGCAGAGUCCAGAGAUUAAGGAACACCCCAAGAGCAGGAAGGAAUAGGACACCAUGUUUGAUGAGGUAUAUGGUCAGGAGCCUUAGCUGGGGCGGGAGAGGGGCUAUCUGACUCAGGGUGUCACAGUUUUUGUGUUCAGGGAGCCACAAUUGGGGAAAGGGAGAUCUAAUUUUUUUCUUUUGGAGGUCUUGUGACUUCAGAGACCAGUUUAUAUUCGGAGUUGCUCCUACUAAAUGUCUGUUGUUAGGAUCUUACACAUUUGACCAGGGGCUGUGGGGAACAGAAACCUAGACCAUGCCCCCAGGGCUUUGUAGCUAAUACCUGGUUUUGUGAUAACCAAAUCAGACUGAGAUCCCUGGAUCAGUGUGAUGCCUAGGGGCAGAGAAGAGCUUUUUUUUGCACAGUGGAGUCCCUGAAAUUCCAGUUAGUUUCCAAGUCAGGCCUGGUCUGGCUUUCUGGCCAGUCUUAUCUGGCUUAGCUGCUUCCAGGCAGCAGAAGAGCAAGCCCUGAUAUGCUCACUAGCCCAAGCUAUUGAUACCACCUGCCCCACCCAUGUGACCACAAAGAGGGGAGAAGGAGUUAGCAGCAGUCCUUACCCCGUGUUCCUAGCUCUUAGCUAAGGGACAAGACACCUGUCUCCUGUGCAGAAGGAGCUAUAGAAGCCCUCACUCCUGCCAGGUAUGGUGGCACACGUCUGUGACCCAGCACUAAGGGACAAGAUCAAGAGUUCAAGGCCAUCUCAGGUACAUAGUGAGUUUGAGUCUAACCUGGGCUACAUGAGAGUGUCUCCAAAAAAAAUCCAAAGGGAAUAAAGAGGAGAAGAGGAGGAAGAAGAGGAGAAAAAGGAGGAGGAGAAAGAAGAUGAAGAGCCUAGUUGCUAUUCUAUCCUGUUUAACCAGUACCGGAGCCUACACUAACCAGUGCCAAGAAUUUGGAAGUGUCUUCACCAAGACAAGUCUGUUAGCAGGUUUUUAUCCUGUCUUUUUUCCCGCUCCCCGGGUUGUACAGGAAUAACCUGGCUGUGUACACACAGUUUAUUAUUAAAUUUGUCUUUGCAUAA